UUCGUGAUGUGCAAAUGAGAAACUUGGAGCUGGAAUAGACCCUAGAAAGCAGGUCAGCGGAAAGAUUGCUUAAACACCAACCAACGCGACCCUAGACAAUACCUGCAACAGACGUCAAACAACACUUUCUGUGCUGAGAGAGUAGAAAGCAUAGUGCCUAAUACACUAGUAUCUCUUUUCUCUCUCAGAGAAAAUCUUAUUGAAAACAAUGGCGGUAGGCGGCGGCCGGACUUUGACAGCUGAUGACUUAGUAGAAAAGUCGCCGCACGAUAAGCGUCUCUACAGAUACAUGCAACUCCCUAAUGGCCUCUGUGCUCUUCUAGUUCACGAUCCUGAUAUUUACCCCGAUGGACUUCCAGAACAUUCCGAAAACGAAAACAACGAAUCCGAAGAAGACGAAGGAAGUGAAGACGAAGAUGAAGAAGAUAGCGAUUUUGAUGAAGAAGAAAGUGACGGCGCUGAUGAAGAAGAUAGUGAAGUUAAGGACAAAGGGAGUAAAGGUGCUUCGCAGAAAAAGGCAGCAGCUGCAAUGUGUGUGAGAAUGGGCAGUUUUGUUGAUCCUUAUGAUGCUCAGGGUCUUGCACAUUUUCUUGAACACAUGCUAUUCAUGGGCAGCACUGAAUUUCCAGAUGAAAAUGAGUAUGACAGUUACUUGUCCAAGCGUGGAGGGUGUUCAAAUGCAUACACAGAAACAGAACACACCUGCUACCAUUUUGAAGUUAAGCGGGAUUGCCUUAAGGGUGCCCUGAGAAGGUUUUCCCAGUUUUUCGUUUCACCUUUGGUUAAAGCUGAAGCCAUGGAGCGGGAGGUACAAGCUGUGGACUCAGAAUUUAAUCAGGUCUUACAAAAUGAUUCCUGCCGCCUGCAACAACUACAGUGCCAUACAUCUACGCCUGGCCAUCCCUUUAACCGGUUCUUUUGGGGGAAUAAAAAGAGCCUUGCUGAUGCGGUGGAGAGAGGAGUCAAUUUGAGGGAACAAAUUCUAAAACUAUACCAUGACAACUAUCGCGGUGGAUCCAUGAAACUGGUUAUUAUAGGGGGAGAGUCCUUAGAUAUCCUUGAAAGUUGGGUUCUUGAAUUGUUUAGCAGUGUCAAGAAAGGUCCUCUGGUAAAUCCAGACGGAAGAACUGAACUUUCGAUUUGGAGAGUUGGCAAACUUUAUUGGUUAGAGGCAGUUAAAGAUGUUCAUAUCCUUGAUUUAUCAUGGACGUUGCCUUCUCUCCGGAAAGGGUACUUGAAGAAAGCUGAAGAUUAUCUGGCUCAUCUCCUUGGCCAUGAAGGAAAAGGUUCCUUGCUCUUCUCCCUAAAAGCUAGAGGCUGGGUAACAUCAAUUUCUGCUGGUGUUGGUGAUGAAGGAAUGCAUCGCUCCUCAUUCGCAUACAUAUUUGGCAUGUCAAUACAUCUAACUGAUUCUGGCUUGGAAAAGAUCUUUGAGAUCAUUGGCUUUGUCUAUCAAUACCUUAAGCUCCUACGUCAAAAUUCUCCUCAAGAUUGGAUAUUCAAGGAACUCCAAGAUACUGCAAAUGUGGAAUUUAGAUACGCGGAGGAGCAACCUCAAGAUGAUUAUGCUGCAGAACUUGCAGAGGGUUUGCUUGUUUAUCCUCCCAAGCAUGUCAUAUAUGGUGACUAUGCAUAUGAUCUUUGGGAUCCAGAGUUUAUAAAGUAUGUUUUAGAUUUCUUCAGGCCCGAGAACAUGAGAGUUGACAUUGUUACGAAGUCUUUUCAGAAGUCAGAUGAUGUUCAGAAGGAACCAUGGUUUGGGUCACGAUAUGUGGAGGAAGAUAUUCCAUCUUCUCUGUUUGAAUUGUGGAAGGACCCUGAAGAAAUUAGUGUCUGCUUACAUUUGCCUGCGAAGAAUGAGUUUAUUCCAUCUGAUUUUUCAAUACGUGCUGAGAAGGUUAACUGUGAUUCGAAAAACGCUAAACCACGAUGCAUACUUGAGGAACCUCUGAUGAAGAUCUGGUACAAGCUAGAUAAGACAUUUAAGCUUCCUCGUGCCAAUACAUAUUUCCGUAUCACACUAAGAGGGGGUUACGGUAAUUUGAAGAAUGCCUUGCUGACUGAAUUAUUUAUUCACCUUCUAAAAGACGAGCUGAAUGAGAUUAUAUAUCAGGCUAGUGUGGCUAAAUUGGAAACUUCUGUUUCUCUAUAUGGUGACAAGUUGGAACUUAAGGUCUAUGGCUUCAAUGAUAAGCUUCCGGUUCUUUUAUCGAAGGUUUUGGCAAUGACAAAAUCAUUUUUGCCCAGGGAUGAUCGCUUCAUGGUUAUCAAGGAAGAUAUGGAAAGAACUUUGAAGAACACUAACAUGAAACCAUUGAAUCAUUCAUCAUACCUGCGAUUGCAAGUCUUGUGUCAGAGCUUCUGGAGCGUGGAAGAGAAGUUGCUCUUGUUAAAUGACUUGACUCUCGCUGAGCUGAAAGCUUUCAUUCCAGAGCUUCUUUCCCAGCUGUAUAUUGAGGGCCUUUGUCAUGGCAAUUUGCUGGAGGAAGAAGCACUAAACAUAUCAAACAUUUUUAGAAGUAAUUUCUCUGCACAACCGCUACCAUCUGAGAUGAGGCAUAAAGAGUUUGUCAUGUGUCUUCCAGCCGCUGCUGACCUAGUCAGAGAUAUCAGAGUAAAAAAUAAACUGGAAACAAACUCUGUGGUUGAGCUGUAUUUUCAGAUUGAACCUGAAGAAGACACUUCCUUGAUAAAAUUAAAAGCAGUAAUAGAUCUCUUUGAUGAACUUGUGGAGGAGCCACUUUUUAAUCAGCUAAGGACAAAGGAGCAGCUUGGUUAUGUUGUUGACUGUAGUGCACGUGUAACAUAUCGCAUAAUGGGGUUCUGUUUCCGUGUUCAGUCAUCUGACUAUGAUCCUGUCUACUUACAAGGGAGGAUUGACAACUUCAUAGAUGGGGUGAAAGAGUUGUUGGAUGGCCUCGAUGAUAAAUCUUUUGAGAGCUACAGAAGUGGGUUGAUAGCUAAACUUUUGGAGAAAGAUCCAUCGCUCGCAUAUGAAACAAAUCGCCUUUGGGGUCAGAUUACUGAUAAAAGGUACAUGUUUGACAUGUCUGAGAAGGAAGCAGAGGAGCUGCGGAGCAUCCAAAAAAGUGAUUUAGUUGAGUGGUACCAUACUUAUUUAAGACGACCAUCCCCCAAGUGCCGGAGACUCUCUGUUCGGGUAUGGGGUUGCAACACUGACCGGAAAGAUGCGGAUUCACCUGUAGCAUCUGUGCAGGCCAUCAAAGACCUUACUGCCUUCAAGAAGUCAGCCAAGUUUUAUCCAAGCCUAUGUUGAGAGCUAUAAAUUCCUAUGAACUUGCUGUAUCAUUAGUUUUGGCUAGUUAAUUGACGUCUUGAGGUCUUUGUUUAUUGUUUGAAUGUGCGGAAAACUACUCAGGUCCUGAUCAUAGAAUAUCUGGAAGACUCAUUAUUUGACAAAACUUUCAAUAAACCACUGCGUUCAUUGAUCGAUAGGGGGUAGAAAUUUAUACUUGCAUAUUGUAAGUUAUGUAGCUUCAGAUUCCAUAUGGAAACUUGUUUUCCAUUGGGUUUUCGUAUUCAAGAUCAGCUGUAAUUGAAGUGUGGAGAUUCCUGCACCUACUCUUUUUUGAGCGUGUGUUCUUUAGCUUCUUCAGUUGUGCCCCUCGCAUCUUUGUGGGCGCUGUUGUAGGUUAGGUAUUUAUCUGAAACUUCGAAACCUUUUCCCAGACUUGAGGAAAUAUGAACAUACAAAUUUCGUUGUUCA